AUGCUAUCCUCUUUGCUGGAAUCUAUUCAUGUUGGAUACAGAUCUACUGUAUUUGCUGCAAUCGGACUACGAGAAUACACCAAAUCUGGAUUUGAACGUGCUUCUCUGUCGUUUACGCCGGGUGCUUUGGAUAAGGACCUCAAGGAAAAGACUAUAAUUGUCACUGGUGCCAACUCUGGAUUAGGUUUCAGCACAGCCAAGGAAUUCGCUCAACGAGGUGCCAAUGUCUUGAUGCUAUGUCGAAACCCUCAAGCUGGUGCGAAAGCUAAAGACGAGAUUGUUAAGGAGACUGGAAACCAACACGUCCAAGUCGCGAUAUGUGACGUGUCACUGCUCCACUCUGUAAAAUCAUUCGCAGACUCGUUUGUUGCAGAACACAAGCCCCUGCACGUUCUUGUAAACAAUGCCGGAGCCAUGUCUACGAAACGGGAGCUGACUAGUGAAGGGAUUGAGACUAGUUUUGCACUCAAUUCUUUAGGAACGUAUUUCUUGACGAGGUUGUUGACUCCUGUGCUGGAGUCUACCGAUGAUGCGAGGGUCGUUACUGUAUCAUCAGCUGGAAUGUACAACAAAGCACUUGAUGCCGAUGACUUGGAAUUCGAGAAACUGAAUCCAUAUGAUGGUGUCAUGUCGUAUGCUCAAGACAAGAGGCGACAAGUCGAAAUGACUAAUCGAUGGGCAGAAGAACAAACCACAAAAUACGGAUCUGGCAAAGAAAGAGUCUUGUUUUAUACAAUGCAUCCAUGCUGGACUGAGACGCCCGGUGUUGAAAAGUCGCUUCCUGGAUUUUAUAAUGCUUUGAAGAACUCGUUACGAACACCACAACAAGGCUGCGACACAACAAUAUGGGCAUCCAUAUCGGACGAAGUGCGAGUGAAGGCACAACCAGGUAGUUUCCUGCAAGACAGAGCACCGGCAAGGCAACAUCUUAUUGGUGCUGGCACACAAACUACGAAACAGGAAGUUGACAAGUUUAUUGAGAAGUGUGAUGCGAUUAUUGAGAAGGUGCUGGGGCCUGGUGCAAAGACUUGGUAG